AUACUUAUAUUUUAAUAUUUAAUCGCUUUAAAAUACCAAUCAACAAUUAAUCAGCUAACUUUAUAAUAAUUAAUUUUUAGAAUGAUUAUGUUCAUUGUGUUAAAACCCUGACAGCGAUCAGGUGACAUAAACAAAAGCACGUUUAAGUCAUGUGUAUUGAAGGUUAUCGGCAGGCAGACAAAAAGUUUCACGAAUAUAUUCUUUCCGAUUGUGUAUGAGUUAUAACAUCUUCGAUUACAAAAUGUCUGAAUCAGAAGUGUCUGAUGGAAAUAAUAUUCGUUAUGCAUAUGUACUCUUUACAAACGGAGUGAAAAAAACUGUUUCCAUUUCGAGUAUUCCACAAUUCUUUCCAAAAAGUAGAAAGGAUUUUGACAAGCAAAGAAAAGUGAAAGUUUGGUGGUUAGGAAAUGGUGGAUCCAAAGAUUCUCUAUACAAUGCUAACAUUCUCGUUCUAGGAACAAGCAAACAGGAUGUAGAGGAUCAAAAAAAGUGUUCUCGAAUUAAAUUUCCAAAUAAAAGGAACAUGAGUUUCAGUUCAGCGGGGAGUGAAGUUCAACAAAAAACUUCCAGAAAAAAAAUAACCAAAACUCAAAAGAAAAAAAAUUUGCCUUCUGCCGAAGCUAAGCAACUUCAAAAUGAAAACAUUCUAAAUAGACAUAAUAUUUUACUUAAUCGUCGGAGAAUUAUUAUUUCUGAUUCAUCAUCAGACAGUGAACACGAUUCUGGGGAUACAAUUCGGCUUACGGGUUCUUUUAGCGAUGGUUCAGGAAAUGUACCUACGCCAAGUCGAAAUGUUAGGCGAAACUUAUUUACGCCAAACAGAAGAGUAUUGCAAGAUAUAGGUAACAAUAAUGAUUUUGACGAUAGAUAUGAUACUCAUCACUCGAGUAAUAUCUCCCAAAAUCAUUAUACGCAUCUCCAAAAUAGUAGACCCCUUGAUCGUCUGACUCAACGUGACCUAAACGUGCCUGCACAAAUUCCUCUAAAUCUUAUGCCUUAUAAUCAACAUGUCCGAAACGUGUUAGAUACAGACAAUGAGACAAAUGAGAAAGUACACCUAGGACUGAAUGUAUAUGUCGAUCGUGCAAUUUGGUAUACAGCUCUUGAUAAAGAUCCUCCAAAAUUCGUAAGAGAUGUAAUGGAAAUGAUAUGGGACAAAGAAACCCUAAAAACUAGAUGUUUGCAGCCGUCAAAAGCAAAUCGCAAUCGACCUCGUGAUUCUCAACUACAACAGUUGACCCCUGAGAAGUAUCAGUUAUUAAAAGAUUGUCUUCGCAAAAAAUUAAUUGACGAAAAAGUCCCAGUAAAAACAAGAGUCAAACGAAUGAGAAUAUGGAAAACAGUUUCAUCGAAGUUAUAUGAAAUUAGAAGUAAAAAAGAUUAAUUUAAAAAAAAAAUUUUUUUCAAAACAUUUUAAAACUUAUAGAUAUAUAUGUAAGCAAUUUUAUUUUUGUUACUUACAUAUUUUAUAAACUUGAUUUGCAAAAAACACAUAUAUAGAUUGAAUUUACUAUUUGAUUCAAAUAAUCGAUUAGCCGAUAAAUAUAAAAAAAGUAUUA